GAUGAAGGCUGUGCUGCUCUCGCUUCAGCUCUGAGAUCAAACCCCUCACACCUGAGAGAACUGGAUCUGUCUGGGAAUAAAGUAGGAGACUCAGGAGUGAAGUGUCUCUCUGCUGUACUAGAGAAUCCUCACUGUAAACUGGAGAUAGUGAGGUUGUAUGAUUGUGGAGUAUCAGAUGAAGGCUGUGCUGCUCUCGCUUCAGCUCUGAGAUCAAACCCCUCACACCUGAGAGAUCUGAAUCUGUCUAGGAAUAAAGUAGGAGACUCCGGAGUAAAGUUUCUCUCUGCUGUACUGGAGAAUCCUCACUGUAAACUGGAGACACUGAGGUUGUAUGAUUGUGGAGUAUCAGAUGAAGGCUGUGCUGCUCUCGCUUCAUCUCUGAGAUCAAACCCCUCACACCUGAGACAACUGGAUCUGCAUAGGAAUAAAGUGGGAGACUCAGGAGUGAAGAUUCUAUCUGAUCUGAAGGAUGAUGAACGUUACAAACUACAGACACUGAAGUUAAGGGUGGGCUGCACACCGUAUCAGAUAAAGGCUGUGCUGCUCGCUUCAGCUCUGAGAUCAAACCCCUCACACCUGAGAGAUCUGAAUCUGUCUCUGAAUAAAGUAGGAGACUCAGGAGUGAAGUGUCUCUCUGCUGUACUGGAGAAUCCUCACUGUAAACUGGAGAUACUGAGGUAA